AUGGUCCCCCGCGGCGACUUCUUCUUGACCCGCAUCCAGGUCCAAGGUCCUGGCCAGCACGUCCUCGAGGACUGCCGCCGCGGCCUCCUCCUCUUCUCCGACACGAAAACGCUCAGGGUCUUCAAUCCAAUGACUCACCGCGUGUCUUCUGUUGGCCAGCUGCCAAGACGCAGAGGCAGAGACGCGGACCACCGCGGCCGCACCCUGUGUUUGCUUCCGGACGGCGACGAUCCUGAUGCGUUCCGUGUGAUGUCGAUGCAGCACAGGAACGGCCACAAGCUGGCUCGAUUGGAGGUGUAUGAGCUGGAACAGCCAAGAUACCAGCCAGGAGCCACAUGGCCAAGAUUUACCGCGGACAGUAUUCACUUGCGAUGCACGCGGGCGACCGAAUCAUUUGAAAACGCCAAGACGAUGACAUUCUCCGACGUGCUUCUCCCUCCUGGCGUGACCCAUCAGUCAGCUUACUCCGUCGGCGAGACAGAGGAUGGCACCUGCUGCCUAGUUCAUGUCUUCCAAGACGGUGGCUGGCUCAUGCAAGUGUGGCGUUUCAAAUUAGGAGAUGAUCAUGACAGCAAUGGGGCUCAGAUGUGGGAGUUGGAGCGACAAGUGCCACUAACCUUAGGCGGCGACAGUGUGGAUCAGGUCCGUGCAAUUGUUGGUGGCAUUGUGCUGCUCUGCUUCAAUAGCUCGUCAUCUUAUCAACAUCACAUUGCGUUUCGGCUCAAGAGCUUGAAGGUGGAAGCAGAUUUUAUGUGCCGUGGACUGGCACGCCCCUUUGUGAUCGAGUAA